UCCCACGCGGGUCGUCUUGUAUACGCGAGCCGCAGACAAGAGAUCUGUCUCCCUUCCUCUUCUUCUGCGAGCAAACGACAGCCUCGCCCUCGCAUUUCCAUCCUGCUCUACUGCCUCCUCAACAAUCACAUCAUCAAAGGCCCCCCCAUCACCGCUGCAUCUCAUUCACGUAUACGCGAGUACAAACGCAUAUCCCUCCCGUAUUUUUAUUGCAGAAGCACAAACAGCACGAUGUCAGACACAAAAGCAGAAUCGAUACCACACUCCCCAACACCAGGGAAAGACCCACCCCUUCCAACAUGCGCAGAGCCUUCCUCGAAUCCCUCCACCUCUCCAAGGGACAUGAAUGAUAAAUCGACACAAGAAAUGCCGCCCCCACCAAUACCGAACGCAAGACCAAAACCACCACCGCGAAUAAUGACAACCCAGCCCUCCUUCACUGGGUCUAGCUCGCGGCACCCUUCUCUCACAACCUCGAGAUUCCAUCAAACCUCAGCGGGGCAUUCUUAUACACAGACACAAUCCUUGCUGUAUUCUCAGCCACAACCUCAAAUUGAAGAAGUGGAGAGGCCGCCGUUUUCGCCGUUCUUUACGUUGAUCAAUGAUGCCAGCAAAGAAGGAGCAGGGGAGACAAUACAUCCUCGGAAGAUCCAUUAUAUUUUCAGCGACGACGAUACGAGUGAACUGCUCACCAGCUCGCUCAUACAUUCUCUACACCCCACCAACUCACCGUCCGCAUCACAAUCACAAUCACAAUCACAAUCUGUGUCCGCCUCGAGGGAACUGUCAUCCUCGAAAACAUCGUCGAGCUCCUCUGCGGGCAUCAAGAACCGGAGGCCCACGAAAGAGAAACCCAAAGCUGGGAUGAAAGAGAGAGAGGAAAGAGUGGUGGUUGUAGACAUCAAUGAGGAUGGAACGGGCGUGAAGAGCGUGAGUUCACUGAGCUCAACAUGGCAGGUGUUGAAUGCGAGUAUCAGCAAUGCACCGACAUUCGACUCCACCUCCUCGUCCGACGAUCCUGCAUCGCAGAAUAUGCAAGAAAGAGGACUGAUGCUUAGAAUCCAAGGUGUCGGAGUCCAAUCUUUGGUUUCUGGGGAUGUGGUGGAAGAGGGGAAGAAAGAUGGCAGUGCGGUGCUGGGAGAGGAGGAGAUGAGUAUCUUGCUUGAUGGCUUUGAUCGCAAGAUGGGGGUUUUGCGGAAGAUCAUUGAGUCGAGGACGUCCAGGGAAGAGCUUGUCGGCGGUGGUGACGGACUAGAAGAAAGAGAGGAGAUCGGGGGAACUGGUGGGGAUAUAGCGGAGGGACCAGGAAGGAGGGAGAGUGGAGAGAGUGAGGAGAGGGAAGUUGGCAGUGGGUGAUUCUUUUCCGUUCUUGAUUCUUGAUGUCGAGGAGUUAGGUUUGGUUUUGGAUUCUACACACGGAAGGAGUUGGCGGUUCAUUCUUAAGGCAUCAUUCAUGGCGUAUGGGUUUAGUGUUCUGGUAUAUACCAUUCUUUUACUUAAGCCAGCUAGCAAGCCAUCCUCUCAACCCAAGAAAACAAAUCUAUCCGCAUCCAACUAUUACAAAGUUCCCUGCCACAUCUCACUCAAUAUUCCCCAAAACCCCGCCCCAGUAAAUUUUACCAUGAAA